UGCAUGAUUCCGUACCCUACAUGUCAGUGUAUACACGUGUGCAUUUGUGCAGGAAAAAAGUUCUUGUUGUUGUUUUUGUUUAUUUUUUCUCUCCAAGUAAUUCAUUCCAUUAAAAUGGCUCUCAGCUCACCAUCCAUUGUUUAAAUUGUGCAUGUGUUCUUUUAUUUUUUUUUCUCAUCUAUUAUCUAAGCAGCCAUUAAUGCUUCUGGAACUUUAAAGACGAACAAAACUCUUUUUAAGGAUGCUUUAACCUGAUCACUGGAAUAACUGCAGUGAAGAAGACGUCACUCUCAGACACUUUGGGACUUAUGGUUUGAGUUUUCCUUUGGUUGUCGUGUAUUGUUUUUUUUCUUGCACCGAGACCAUGGCUCACACCAAGUGGAAGUGCUGGUGGAUUGUGCUGCUGCUGUGUCUCUUGUUGGUGUGGACUGCUGACGGGAAUGUGGGUUUAACUCCAGAUAAAGGAAAAGCAACGCCAUCCUGCUAUGGAGGCUUCGACCUCUACUUCGUCCUGGAUAAGUCUGGAAGUGUGCAGCAUCACUGGACUGAGAUCUAUAAUUUUGUGGCACAUCUGGCUCAUAAGUUCAUCAGCCCACAGCUUCGAAUGUCCUUUAUCGUGUUUUCCACCGAGGGUCGAAUUCUCAUGCGGUUAACAGAGGACAGAGAUAAAAUUCGUAAAGGUCUGGAGGAGCUCCAGAGGGUUCUGCCAGGAGGAGAUACUUUCAUGCAUGAGGGUAUCCAAAGGGCCAGUGAACAGAUUUACUAUGGAAACACGGAGGGGUACCGCACAGCCAGCGUCAUCAUCGCCCUCACAGAUGGAGAACUGCACGAGGAUCUUUUCUACUAUGCUGAAAGAGAAGCCAAUCGUUCCCGAAGCCUGGGUGCCUCAGUCUAUUGUGUCGGGGUGAAGGACUUCAAUGAAACACAGCUUGCCAAGAUUGCAGACAGCAAAGAUCAUGUUUUCCCAGUGAAUGGUGGGUUUGAGGCUUUGCAGAGUGUGAUCGAUUCGAUCCUGAGAAGAUCCUGCAUAGAGAUCCUUGCAGCAGAACCUUCCAGUAUUUGUGCUGGAGAGUCAUUCCAGGUUGUUGUGAGGGGGAAUGGCUUCCUUCAUGCCAGAAAUGUGGAUAAAGUCCUGUGCAGCUUCAGAAUUAAUGACACCCUCACCAGGAUGGAAAAGCCAUUAGUAGUGGAGGACACGUACCUGUUGUGUCCUGCUCCGGUACUUAUAGAAGAAGGAGCGGUGGCUUCCCUUUAUGUGAGCAUGAACGAAGGUCUUAGCUUCAUCUCAAGCUCUGUGACCAUCACCACCGUGAGCUGUUCUGACGGUACGAUCCUGGCUAUAGCGCUGCUGAUUCUGAUGCUCCUCCUGGUGUUGGCUCUUCUCUGGUGGUUCUGGCCUCUUUGCUGCACUGUGAUUAUCCAUGAACCUCCACCACCUCCAAAGGAGGACAGUUCGGAUGACGAGGAUGAUGGAGGGCCGAAGAAGAAGUGGCCGACAGUAGACGCUUCCUACUAUGGAGGGCGUGGAGUCGGGGGGAUUAAAAGGAUGGAGGUACGCUGGGGUGAGAAGGGAUCAACUGAAGAGGGCGCUAAACUGGAAAAAGCAAAGAAUGCCAGAGUGAAGAUGCCAGAACAGGAGUUUGACGAGCCACAGACCCGGGUCCUGAACAACGGCAUGCAUAAACCCAUGGGUCCUCGAAAGUGGUACUCUCCAAUUAAGGGUAAACUGGAUGCCCUGUGGGUACUGCUGAAGAAAGGCUAUGACAGGGUGUCGAUCAUGAGACCACAACCAGGAGACAAGGGCCGCUGUAUGAACAUCUCCCGCAUGAAGUCAAGCUCGUCUCCGCAUUACCCAUCUUACAACCGCCACACUCCAAUCUACACCCCCCAGCAAAGCUGCUCCACUCCUCCUCCCCCACAGAGUCAGCUACCCCCUCCUCCUCUCCCCACCAAUCCGUCUCCACCCAUCACGCCUCCUCCAUCAUACACCCCUCCGUCUGCCUGGUCCUCUUCAUCAUCGUCAUCAUCAUCGCCUGUUUUCUUUGCUUCGCCUUCCCCUCCAGCCUCACCUACAGCACCGCUGCCUCCUCUCCCACUGGUCGCACCUCCGUCCCGGGCCCCUCCUCCUGACCGCCCUCCACCACGCCCUUCCCUCUAGAGCUACGGAGGUGAGUGAAGAAUCAGGAAGUCAGUCGGAGACUCGAGUCCCUGUCCUUUACCUUGUUGCGCGUGGCUUUUGACAAUAAAAACUCAACGACUGGCCCACCAGUGGGUACAAACACGAGGGGACGCACAGACUACGUCUUCGGCUAGAUUCAGCUGCAAAACUACAGGAAGCGCAACAUUAUAGACCACACUGAACUUCAGGCACAAAGCAGGCUUUCGCAACCGACCACUACUACUUAACCCUAUGUGUCCAAACGACAGGAUGGAUGUUCAUCUGAUGCCAUUUGCAGUGCAGUACAAUAAUAAUAAUAAUAAUAAUAAUAAUAAUAAUAAUAAUGGACCAGUUAAUGUUCCAUUUACAGAGUCUAUUUAAGGGGAAAAGUUGCAAUAUGCACACAUUUCUUAAUUAAUACAGCUAAUAUGCAUUUGUGGGUCAUUUCUUUUUUAUAAGAAGAAUCAUACAUAAUAUAUAAUACAUAAUACAUAAUCAUAAUCGUACAUCACGCUAAGAAACUUCAGAUAAGAAAAACAGUGCUAAUUGCUGUAAUCUGAUAUUAGGCAUAUUUACAAACAACAUAAUCACGAGUGUGAUUUUUAAAGAACAUAUGAUCACCAUCAUAUGAUAUGAGUCAGUCUAUACAGCAGGAAACAAAUGUAAGACAUGCUCUUUGCUGUUGUACAUGCGGUUGCAUCACUGUUGAUUAAGGCAAACCCACAGAACAGACAAUCAUGUUAUUUUGCUUAUUUGAGAUACGCAAUCACUUACAGUGCACACCCUGUUGACUUAGAUUUAUUUGAAUUGUUUUUUUUUUUAUAGGUUUUAUUAAAAUUUGCACAUAGACUUUUAGCAAAACCAGGCGCACAGGCUAUUAAAUGUAAAUCUCCACACCCAUAUUUGACAAUGUUAGUCAUAAUGUACUUCAUAUGUUGUAGGUUUAGGUUUAUUGUUGUAUGAUUUUUUUUUUUUAUGUUUUUACUAACUAUAGGUAUUUGCUUGUGCAUUUUCUUUUAGUUUAGGAAUAUUGUUAUGUUACAUGCUGGAGUUUAUUUCUUGGCACAAUUGUUAAAACAAAUGCAUAACCGCCAUAUGACGAGGGGCAUUCAAGUCAAACCAGGAUUUGUUCCUGCGAUUGAUAUUUACAGAAGGCUUCAAGCGCAGUACGGUGAUGCCAAAGUAAAACUUUUGACCGGUGCAAACGUUUUAAAGAAGUCCGUACGUCCGUGGAUGACAAUUUCGCCCGAGGUGGCUCGGAGCCCACUGCAACUGCUCCCGUGAACUUUCAACAAGUGGAACCCCUGAUCCUUAAAAAACAAAGGAUAACUUGUGGAGGAAAUGCAUGUUUGUGAGAACUGUACACACAAUCAUUCACCAACACUAGUUGCACAUUACAGGACCUCGGCUGGGAGUUAUAGCUACAUCCCCCGUACAGUCCUGACCUCGCUCCACUCGCUUAAAGGAGUUCCUGGGAGGCCAGUGUUUCAGACAUGAAGCAGGCAGACUGAUCAUUAUUUUUCAGUGUAGUUUAAGUAAACGUUUUACCUUAAUGGGAUCCAAGCGGUAGUGAAACUCUGGGAUAAGUGCAUUAGUCUAGCAGGAGAUAUAAAGUGAGUCUUUUACUCAAUAAUUACAUUUUACAUAAUGUGUUCUGUCAUUCAAAAGUCCUGUUUUGACCUAAACGCCCCUUGUACAUGGUUUUUCUUCAUUUGUUAUCUUUGCACCACAUUAAAUCCUGAUUUCAUUCUUGGGUAGAGUACAAUAAGCUUUCUAACUACCCUUAAUACUAAACAUCUUCCUUCAGAAACCUGACCUAGAUAGAUUUAUCCACAAGAAGGUGGUGAUGGAAAUCCUUGUUUCUUGCCCAGAAAGCGAUCAGCGUGCCAAAAGUGUGUUUGAAGGAUGUUUGUUUUCGCUCUGUACCUGUUGUAUAUACUUCGUGUCGUUGCGGUAUGAUCCGUGCUUCUGCGUGGUUCAUUUUCAGGUUUGACUUUCAGCAAAUUCGGCUUCUAAAUUAUUACAGAACGUGUUAUGGGCGGUCUAGGGUGCGGGUCUAAUACAGGACUGUGUGUAAUGGUCCUAAUACAGAAGACAAAACAAACACACACACACAAAAAAUGAGGAUUGAAGUGGUUUAGUUUUUUUUUCCCUUUUUUUUUGACACAUUUGUUCUGUAUCAGUGAUAAAUAGGAGCUUGAUUUGUUUUGCAUGUGUAUUCCUCGAGUGCUGCGAUUGAAUUAAGAGGGGAUGGAAAUCGAAAACCUCAUAUCAGUGAGUGGAAAAGAAUGAGAUCGUUUUUUUUUUUUAAAGCAGAUGUGAAGUACUUUGCAGGGACACGAAUACUGAAAAUGAGCUGGUACAUGUGUGUAGGUGUGUGUGUGUGUGUGUAUACAGUAUAUAUAUAUAUAUUGAAUACAUGUGCUUGUGUGUGUGUUUGUGUGUUUUUCUUUUUAUAAAUGCAUUUGACCAACUGGUUGUUUUUUGUCUUUCAAUGAUAUCUCUACACAGUGUCUAAUGCACCACCCUAAAAAAAACGUUACCUUCGGGAUUUGAGCUCUGGUUCGCGCGUGCACAGCCAGGCAGAAAAGCGUGACCGGAGCUCCAGCACUGCAGCGGCAGCCGACAGGCCUCAGGAUCCUGCUCUCUCUAUCUCUCUCUUUUUUCAGGAAGAAUUUAAUAAACUUCUGGAGACCUUUUCCGCAGCUGGUGUCAGUCCACUCCCUUAUACGAGUCAGAUUGCGCAACAAUCGAGCCAUCUCCUACCCACUUCGUGACUGCACUGGUUAGAUUUAACAUCGUAGCUCAUACGAUCAACACUGCUAACUAGUAACACAUGCUGAAGAGGAGCACCGUGCUGCAAGAAUAACUAACCUUAAUACACAGGACUUGAAUCUGGAUUCUGUAUCCGGAGAUGUUUAGUGCCCUCGUGUUCGACUUUACAUCCGAAUACACCACGUUCUCGUUAUGUGUUGCUCUGACA